AUGGACGCCGAGCAAUCCGAUACCGACUCCCAAGCAAAGAGUCGCUAUGAGGCAGGACCACCAACAAAUUCUGUACCAAGUCAGCAGCCAACUGUGCAAACACCUCAGCGUCGUGACAACCACACGCCAUCUUGCCUGACAUGUCAGAGGAGGAAAGUGAAAUGUAAUCGAGUUUACCCUUGCGCAGCAUGUCUCAAGACUGGCCUGCAAUGCGAAUUCAAGGCCGAUGACAAUGCACAGAGUCGCAAAAAACGGAAAAGGACUCCUGAUGGCGAUGGAAGCUCAUAUCCAUCAUCUCCCCAUCGUACGACUGAGCAUGAUAGGCAGGAUCCCAGCAGCGCCCAGCUGCACAUUAAUCGUACGAUUAUGCCAGCAUACGCCGAAUCACAUCAAACCUAUUACCCAAAGCCACAACCUCCGAAUAACAUCAGUCGCCCUGGAGGUGUGUCAGGUCACAGCAUCUACGAGAGUGCCGUCUCGCUUGGGACAGAACUAGCGAGCCACGGCGACCAGAGCAUGUCCUAUGACCCAAAGCCGUCAAAGUCGAACAAAUCCCACUUUUUGUUCAACCCAGCCCAGCAAGAAACGUUCAGCUCAAAGCAGCAUGCCAGAUCUCAGCCACCAGCUCACCACGUGGUACAGCUAUGGCAGACAUAUCUUACGAACGUCGAUCCUAUACUCAAAGUCCUCCAUGCCCCAACGCUACAGCAGACAGUUUUGGGACAGAUCGGCAAGCCGAGUCUACCAGCAGGAUUACAAGCUAUGACUUCAGCCAUCUAUUUCAUCAGCACUGUGAGCUUACAGAAUAACGAAUGUCAAGCAUCACUGCAGGUAUCGAAAGCAGAAUUGCUAACGACGUAUCGGUCUGCAACAGAAGACGCACUCUCGGCCGCCGCCUUUGUGACUACGACAGACGUUCAGGUACUCCAAGCUUUGGUGCUGUACCUUACAGCUUUGGAGAGUCUGGGGGAGACGGCGACAGUGUGGUCCAUGAGCGGGCUAGCUUUCCGUCAAGCUGAUACGCUGAGUCUGGUCUCAGAAAACAACGCUACCAAGCUUUCACCAUUCGAAACCGAGAUGCGGCGCCGGCUGUGGUGGGCUCUUGUUUUGCUAGAUCACCGCACUGCCGAAUCGAUGGGCAAGACUAGUGAUGUUCUCAAGCACAGACAGAGUGUGAAGCUGCCAACGAAUCUGACUGACACCCAGCUAUUCUCGUCGAUGCUCCGGCUUCCUGAAAGCAGACCGACGGCCACUGAAAUGUCCUAUGUACUGCUGCAAGCCACGAUCGCGUCUCAUCUGGAUCACAUCGGAAACGAGCGAUCAACCCUUGGAUCGCCUUCGCAGGGCAGGGCCACCCCACUGCGAGAUCUAGAAUACAGCCUCGAAGAAGAGAUCCUACGAUUCUGCGACACUACAGUCCCGUUGCAAGCCUACACGAUCAACGCGGCGUACGCAGCACUCGCUAAGUUGCGGCUUGAUCAAGUAAAGAACAAUCUCCAGGAUGAAGAAUUCUCGGCUAGCGCCUUUGCGCACAGCUUAAAGGUGGUGGAACUCUACCUUGAUCUGACGAACGAGCCUCAACUUCAACGCUGGAAAUGGCAGUGGGGCUCCCGUUUGCCAUGGUCUGCGUUCCGAGAAUUAGUCUACCAUUUCCGUAUCCACCCGGAGUCUGACAGUAGGCCAGCGGAGGUUUGCACAGCUGAGAGACAUAUCUGCGAGAUGGUGGAGAAAGUCCUCCCAACAUUCCAUCUCGAGCCUCGCAAAGCCAUGGCACUAGAGCUCAUGCGAGGAAUGCUAGCAGUGGCGCAUGAACAAUCCCAAUCCGUAGCGGCGAGCACCACGGAUCCUGCUCUCCUGACCGGCGAACAGGCGAAGACUGCUUCGCUGGCUGUUACGGAGUCGCCGGGAUCAGAUCCCGCUGCGAGAACGGCGAGGAAAUUGAUGACGCAGACGGCACAUCCUCAUGGCUCGAGGCCUUUUGCUGCAUUGCUCCCUGGUAUGGACGUCUCCGCACGGGCGGCAGGGCAGCAGGAAGCCAAUGGUACCGACCAAUUCCAAGAAUCGGCCACGAGGACUCGAGGCGCGAAAGAUGCACAGGCUCAUGCUCAUAAGGUGGAUUGGAUAGAGUUCGACAGGCUGGCUGGUGAGUUGUGUAAAUGA